UUUUCAAAUAUUAUAUUAUAUUAUAAGCUUUCUUUUUCUUGGGACUUUGUACCCUACUUACUGCGUCCGCAAUGGCAGAAAAAGCCAACUAUGCUGAGUAACCGUUCUCCCACGCGGCCACCCUUCUUCUUUAAUUCCCAUUUUCUCCCACCCUCUCCUUCUCUCUUCCUAUUUACACCUUCAUUCAUCACCUUUUUCUUUUCCAACAACACUCCACCCUUCUUCAUUUUCCGCUCCGAAUGUCAUCUCUGCCGGAAACCUACGCCGGAGAAGACGGAAAACACUACCCUGCUCCACUCGCUUCUCAUGACGACGUCGUCAGGGACUCCUCUCUCUUCUGGGACACUCUCAGACGCUUUCACUUCCUUAUGGGUACCAAAUUCAUGAUUCCUGUGAUUGGAGGGAAGGAGCUGGAUUUGCACGUUCUUUACGUGGAAGUUACCAGAAGAAGUGGCUACGAGAAGGUGGUUGCAGAGAAGAAAUGGAGGGAAGUUGGAAGCGUUUUCAAGUUCUCAGCAACCACCACAAGCGCUUCUUUCGUGUUGAGGAAACAUUACUUCAGUCUUCUUUAUCAUUACGAACAGGUUCACUUUUUCAAAGCUCGGGGUUCUGUCUAUACUCCUUCAACAGAUGCAUUUUCCGGGAACAGUCCUUCUUGGAGACCUGAAUUAGCUAUCGUGGAAUAUUCUCCUAAGCCCUUGAAUAGUAGUGCCGAAUCCCGUGCCGAAGAAACAUCAUGUCUCUCAGGAAAUGGAACUAUAGAGGGAAAAUUUGAGUGUGGUUAUUUGGUGUCAGUGAAACUGGGUUCAGAGGUUCUUAGAGGGGUGCUUUACCAUCCAGAAAAAAUGGCUGCUCCUCCGUCGAUUCCACAACACGAGAAUGCCAUCGUGCCGUUCAAAAGCAAAGGUCACCGUUCUGGUCGGAGGAGGAGAAACAAGAGAAGGUGGGACCCUAACUAUCCAAAGCCGAAUAGGAGUGGCUAUAACUUCUUCUUUGCUGAAAAGCAUUACUCUCUCAAAGCUCUCUACCCGAACAGAGAAAGGGAGUUUACCAAGAUGAUUGGCCAGUCAUGGAACAGUCUUAGUCCCGAAGAACGACUGGUUUAUCAGAACAUCGGAUUAAGAGACAAAGAAAGGUACAAGAGAGAACUGACGGAGUACAAAGAGAGGAUGAAGCUUAGGGAGACCCCAGAAGUUGGACUUCCAUAGAAUCUUACUGCUUACCCUUUUCUGGAAACCAAAGAAAGAAUGGCUUAGAAAUCUUGUGGACUUUUACAUACAUACCAUUCAUGUGGAUAAUGGUCCACUGGACAUUAUUGUUUUUUCUUUCUUUAUUUUUUCAGAAAAAGAAAACCAUUAUCGAUCC